AUGAAGCAUGAUUUGUCCAAAUUUCUUUCAAUCCCAAGAUUUACGAUUGAUGAGAAGAAACGAGCUAGAGAAGAAAUAUCAAAAGCUUUUGGAGGGAUAGGACUUUCCGCUAUGACACACAGUUUUAUUUCCGAGGAGGAUUCGACAUCACUAGGUCACAAUGUGAUUUCUAUUCAAGCCGGUCCUCACUACGGUACAAUGAAUGACGAGGUCGUAAUCGUAGCUGCUAACUACGAUACGCUAGACGAUUUGCCAGGAGUUGACGAUAACGGCAGCGGUGUGGCAGCAGUUCUUGAAACAGCGAGAACAAUGGCUACUUUAGAUCGACUUUAUCCAAGAAGAUUCACCAUCAUCUAUGCGCUUUUUGAUAUGAAGCACCAGGGUCUUGCUGGUAGUCAUGCUUUUGUCUCGGAUGUAGUGUUGCCAAUCUUGCAAAACACAAAUGCGACUAUUGGAGCCGUGAUCAUUUUAGACGGUCUAGCUCAUUUCGAUCCUUUCCCAACCACUCAAACAAUGCCUCCAGGAUUUGAAAAGUUCUUUCCCGGAGCUGCUCGAGAGCUUUCUCUUCACAAUCAUAUGGGCGAUUUUGUGCAAGUGACUGCAAGAGCCGGUAUUGAUGAUCCACUCUUGCAAAAUUUCGUGGCAGCUUUCACUCGAGCCACUUCAAUGAUCGCUCCAGAUUGGUCCUUCAGACCAUGGCUUCUUCCACUUAAGAUUGCCUUGCACGAAGUUCGUUCGAUGGAAGGACUAAGAGCCUUGCAUCCAUUUCUCUAUGCCGAUCAUUCGUCUUUCUAUUUUCACAAUCAGAGAAACCUUGAUGUGCCUACUAUUUACAUCACUGAUACAUUGAGUAAUCGUGGUGUUAAACAAUAUUGCACAUAUUGUGACGGUCUUUAUAUGAUUAACGAGCAAAAUCUACGCUUUCUUUCUCUAAUGACGGAUACGGUAAUCCGAAGUGUUGUGCAAAUUUCACAGUCAGAAGCUGCUGGAAUCGUCGAUGAAAUGUUUUUGACUUUUGGUUUCGGAGCACAAGCAUUGAGAAAGAAGCUG